UUAAAAAUUGAAAGAUAUAAUGAUAUGGUUGUUAAAUGGAUACCAUAUAACCAAUUUAAUAUUAUUCAAGAAAUAGGUAAAGGUGGAUUUGCUACAGUUUACUUAGCAACUUGGAAUUAUAGGAAAGUUGCUUUAAAAUGCUUGCAUAAUUCCCAAAAUAUUACUAAUGAAUUUUUAAAUGAGAUUAGUGCAUAUUCUAUUCAUUCUGUUGAUUGUAUUCUCAAAAUAUGUGGAAUAUCUCAAAAUCCGGAUACAAAAGACUAUAUUAUUGUACUUGAAUAUGCAAAUGGGGGAAGUCUUAAUAAUCACAAUAAUGAUAUUAUUAGGGAUUACAAUUGGAGGGAAAAAUUGUAUGUGCUAAGUGAUAUUAUUAAAGGUCUUAAAAAAAUUCAUGAAAAUAAAGCAGUUCAUCGUGAUUUUCAUACAGGAAAUGUAUUGGUAUUAUUUAUUGAUUGUGCUCGAUAUAAUGGAUCUGGAAAUACUGCAAGUAAUAUAUAUAUUUCAGAUAUGGGAUUUUGUGGAGAAGUUAGUAAUAUAGAUAAAACAAAAAUUUAUGGAGUUAUGCCAUUUGUAGCUCCUGAAGUAUUAAGAGGAAAGCCAUAUACUCAAGCAGCAGAUGUAUAUAGUUUUGGUAUGAUUAUGUAUUAUAUUGCAACUGGAAAACAACCUUUUGCCAAGUGUGCACAUGAUAAUGUUUUAGCAUUAAAUAUAUGUAAUGGAAUUAGGCCUGAAAUAAAUGAGCAAGAAGCACCAAAAUUUUAUAUUAAUCUAAUGAAAAUGUGUUGGGAUCCAAAUCCAGAUAAUAGACCUAGUGCAUCUGAAGUGGAUGAAGUUUUUGCAUAUUCUAGUUUAGGUAUAUUUGAGGAAUUUAAUAAGCAAAUUAAAGAAGCAGAUGAAUAUAGAAAAACAAAUUUUUUAUCUAUUGAAAAUAGUCAAUCAAUUCAUCCACAAGCUUAUUAUACUUCUCGAUUGCUCAAUCCAUUUACAAAAGAUCUUUCAAAUGAUUAUACUGAUUGUUUGGACUGUAAUAUUAAUGAUUGA